GCCCAGUGAAGGUGACAUUGCACUGAGUGGAAUUUUCGACUGGGCGGCCAUCUGGAAAUGUUUCCUACCUGGGUAAAAAGAGUGGUCGUAUCUGAUCCUUACCGGCCACCGUAUAGACCUUCCUGGACUUGGAGUUUGCUAGAGUUGGACUGGCCGGCCGUUGAACUUUUGAGAGUUUAGAUUUUGUGUAUGUGUGUGUUAACCUCACAGAUAGACUCCAGUUGUCAGUCGAGCCACGCUACCCCUUUCCGUGAAAUACUGAGAACGAAGCUGCCCCGUGGUCGUCACGUGACGCCAGGGCAACGCGUAUCCUCGCCCGGCAACCGUCCUAGAGACCGACACCGCUGGCUGCAACAUGAACGUCAUCUACCCGCUGGCGGUGCCUAAGGGGCGCCGGCUCUGCUGUGAGGUGUGCGAAGCCCCGGCCAAGCGGGUGUGUACGGCCUGCACAGUCACUUAUUACUGUGGUGUGGUGCAUCAAAGAGCUGACUGGGGCAGCAUCCAUGAGAAGAUAUGUCAGCUCCUGAUUCCUCUGCGCACUUCCAUGCCCUUCUACAAUUCAGAAGAAGAACGGCAGCACGGCCUGCAACAGCUGCAACAGCGGCAGAAGCAUUUGAUUGAAUUCUGCUACACCGUAGCCCAGAAAUAUCUCUUUGAAGGAAAACAUGAAGAAGCUGUCCCAGCAGCUUUACAUUCUCUUCGCUUCCGUAUGAAUGUGUACGGCCUGAGUUCAGUAGAGCUUGUGCCUGCUUACCUGCUGUUGUCCGAGGCUAGCCUUGGUCUGGGUCGGAUUGUCCAGGCUGAGGAAUAUCUAUCCCAAGCCCAGUGGACAGUCCUCAAAUCAACUGAAUGCUGCUAUGCCACCCACUCUUUAUUACAUCGGAACCUGGGACUUCUCUACAUGGCUAAGGAAAACUAUGAGGAAGCCCGUUAUCAUCUGGCCAAUGAUAUAUAUUUUGCCAGUAGUGCAUUUGGAACAGAGGAUAUCAGGACCUCAGGAGGCUACUUCCACUUGGCUAAUGUCUUCCAUAACCUUAACAAAGUGGAUCUGGCAGACACGCUGUAUACUAAGGUCACUGAGAUCUGGUAUAAAUAUUUGAAUAAUCAUUACCAAGUCCUCUCACAUUCUCGGCUCCAACAAAUAGAUUUACUGGGCAAAAAAUUUGAGAACAACACUGGCUUGGAUGAAGCCCAUGAAGCAGAAGCCAUUCGGAUCCUGACGUCAACCUUGAGCAUUCGAGAAUCUACGUCUGACAGAGACCCAGAAAAAACUGUCUUUGUUCUGAAAACUCUGGUCUUGCUUUACUACCUGAUGAUGAAUUAUUCAAAGGCCCAGGAAUAUGCCAUGGAAGCCUUCAUCCUAGCUAAAGAAAAGCUUAGUGUCCACGAACAAAGCACCAUUCAAGAGUUAUUAAAUCUCAUCUCAGCCGAAGAAUCUCAUCCUGAGUGACUCAUGAGCUCCACGUCAGGAGCUAUAGAAGGGGCUAUUGAAAGUCUUAUAUACCCCAGCUUUACACACUACUUUGAGGUACUAUGGAUUGCUGAAAUUUCCACCUUCUUCCCCUAGACCUACACACAUACCUGUGAUUUUAUUGUUACAGAGCAUAUGUGAGGACAAGUAGGCAUAGAAAGGCAUAGAAAUUAGUAAAACUAACUUUGUGGUGCUGAAAUGUUUGUUGUUUAUCAUGACCUUUGUACUUAGUAUCAUUACUCGACUUUGAAUAAUAUGCUGUUAGAUCACAAAUAUGGUAAUGGUACUUAAACUGCAAAUAAUUAGUCAUAUCUCACAGAAGUUUCCCAGUGAUGCAUGUUUCAUAGGUCUUUGCCAAAGAAGGAGGUAAGGAAUGGAGCUAUAUUGAAGCAACGUUUCUCUAUUCUGCUGGAAUUAAAUUAGCAUUAAUCUAAAGUAGAUUGCGAUUUUUAAAAAGGCCCGUUAUAAUUCUUAGAGCAAUCACUAAGAAAAUAACUCCAAAAAUAGUUUAAAAUCAAAGAAUUAAGAUGGUACACUAGGAAGUAUCCACUUAAUACAGAUCAUACCAAAAAACCAAACCU